CUUCUCUCUUUUCAUCGGUCGCCAUUGCCAGCUCAGAGCAGUUGUACCUCAUCGUCGUACAGUUAUAUAUACAUAUAUAUAUAUACAUCACUCGACGAGUACUCGUCCCAAAGGGGAAUGAAAAUGUCGGUGCGUUGGUGGGGUCUCUCGUGCCACUAGUGACUUUCGCCAGCCAUUUUCCCAUUUAUCCAGAAAUCAUUGUUUUUCACCAACACCCAUCGACGGACUUUAUUUUUUUUUAUUUUUAAUUUAUUUCGUUUACGAGUAACUAUUCACGGUUAAUCAGUGAGCGGAGGGAUUCAUUUUAUUUCUGGUGAGGCACACAGGAUUUCAACAAAGCUCCAGUCGACACGAAGAGGUUUUUCAACUUUUUUUUUUUGACUAAAUACAAAGUGAAAUGGCGUUGAUGAGUAGUGUACUCGGUAAAACCGAAUUCAUCGUCGGUGGAAAGUAUAGGCUCAUGAGGAAAAUUGGAUCGGGAUCAUUCGGCGAAAUUUAUCUUGGCAUCAACAUUUCCAAUGGCGAGGAAGUUGCUGUCAAACUCGAGAACAUACGAGCACGUCAUCCACAACUGCUCUACGAGUCCAAAUUGUACAAAAUAUUACAUGGGGGCGUUGGAAUUCCACACAUUCGCUGGUAUGGGCAGGAGAGAGACUGGAAUAUACUCGUGAUGGACUUACUAGGUCCUUCGCUGGAAGACUUAUUCACAUUUUGUUCCCGAAGAUUCACCAUUAAGACCGUGCUAAUGCUCGCUGAUCAGAUGAUAGGGAGAAUUGAAUUUGUACACUGCAAGCACUUCAUACACAGGGAUAUUAAGCCAGAUAAUUUCCUGAUGGGCAUUGGACGCCAUUGCAACAAACUAUUUAUCAUCGACUUUGGUCUUGCGAAGAAGUAUCGUGACAGUCGCACCAGAUGUCACAUAGCAUACCGAGAGGACAAGAAUCUCACUGGUACAGCGAGGUAUGCAUCGAUAAAUGCUCACCUCUCAAUUGAACAGAGUCGUCGAGAUGAUAUGGAGUCACUGGGUUACGUGCUAAUGUAUUUCAAUCGUGGCUCAUUACCCUGGCAAGGGCUCAAGGCUGCUACGAAGAAGCAGAAGUACGAGAAAAUCAGUGAGAAGAAGAUGUCGACGCCAGUUGAAGCUUUGUGCAAAGGAUUCCCAGCAGAAUUCGCCAUGUACAUAAAUUACACAAAAGGACUUCGCUUCGAUGAGUCCCCUGAUUACAUGUACCUACGCCAGCUCUUCCGUAUCCUGUUUCGUACUCUCAAUCAUCAGUACGAUUACACAUUCGACUGGACGAUGCUUAAGCAGAAAGCGGGACUCUCUCUCUCAGGACCAACACCAACAACUAUCGCUGGUGCAGGAUUGGCACAGGGUGGACAAGGACAAGGUCAGCGGGAACAGAAUGCAUCCGCCAACCAAACAGUCAGGGCUUUGGAAGCGAUAGAUUUAAUCUAAAAAUUUCUUUGGCUCUCGUUCCUCUCUACUAUCUCCUAUUAUUUUUUUUUAGUUCAUUUUUUUUUUCGUUUUCUCGUUCUCUCUCCAUCUCAAUUUCAAUCUUAUUUUUAUUAUCGCUGAAUUUAAACGAAGGAUAAUGCAAGUGCGAGAAUGUCUCAGGCUUUCUUGGACCACCAAUUGUUUCUUUUAUUCUUGUGUUUACCUUCUCAAGACUUUGUUCUUUUUUUUUUUGGUUCCCUUUCUCUUGUUCUUCUGGGGAGUUUUUCAUAUUUUCUUUCUGCUCGUGUGGUCCAAACAAAGCCCCUUGCACACGCCGAAAGAAAAUGAGGAAGAAAUUGUGGUGAAUUCUGUUUCAAGUCCAAGUCGUACAUUUUUGUAAUGAAGGGAGAGUAAAGAGAUGAGAUGAUAAUCGCCUCUUCUUCGUGUUUGUAAAUUUUUCUCGAGGUAAAAGAUGAUGGAGAAUAUAUUGUAUUUCGCUGUGGAAUGUUUUCAGCGAGAAAUUUCAAAUGUGCAAAAUUAAUGGAAAACCAUAGACAUUUAUUUUUAUUCUCCACGAGGAUAAGAAUAUACUUCAUCACUCUAUUAUUCUUCAAAUAAUCGAAAAAUCCACUAGAAAGAUGAGACUAACAUCUCUUUUCUUCGAGAUAUUUCUACUCACGUCGAAGUGAAACGUGAACACCUCUUUGCACCCCUUCAAAACAGAUUUGAUGCUCGUAAUAAGAGUUAACACUCACUAGUAUAAAAAUUGAUAUAAUUUAUAAACUAGCAAUUCGUAAUUAAACUCCUGGAAAGGAAGAACUAAAGAGAAGACUCAAAUGUCGGCAAAAGUUUUAAUGAAAGUUGCAUUAACGUCAGCAGUUGGUGAUGGCGUCAGAAAAUUAUCGCGACAAGCCGUCAAUGAAUCUUCCAAGCGAGGCUAGAGUCCCUAUCUCCUCUUGCAUUGAAACAAUAAGAAGAUUAGAAAUUUUUGAAAUAAAGAAAAAGAGCUGGAUAUUCUUGAAAUGAUUUCAUUGUUCACCUGCCAAAGAACAGCCACUACAAAAAUGAUUCAUCAUCUCCGUUCACUGAUCGAUCAGUUUUUUUUUUAUCUCAUUGUCAAAUUUCUUACUUCAUUGAACAAAAAUUAUCAAGUGGACAGUGACUUCAGGGUGUUCCUGCGUCCUCGUCCAGAUUUCCGUCCUUGCGCAGAUCCUCCGUCCGUAUCAGGCGAGUCAGAAUUACCAUAAAUUAAUUAGUUUAUUAUAAAUUCUUCGUCGUUUAAUCAAGAUUAUCUCGAUGGAGAGAAAGAUGAAAUCGUUUGAAAUUUUUUGAAAUCAUUUGAGAUGAUGGAAUUGUGCAAAUUUUUUUGAUUUUUUUUUUGCAGAUUUACUGAAUUCCUUUUUCUGUCUUUCUUCUUGAGGAAUGAGUGAUCGUGGUGCUUGUUUGGGGCACUGUCGGUUCAAUUAUUUUGGGAUUCGAUUAUUUGAGCAUGGAAAUAUUUGAGCAUGAAUUAAUAAUUGAGGUUGUUCUGUUGAGUGAGGUGGAGAAGAGUAAUGCUUGGGGGGGACUUGAGUACAUGAGGAGGUGGUGAGCUUGUCUCAUCGGGAUUCUGAUGGAGAUCCUUCAGUGGAAGGAUUAUUAACUCACUACCUCUUCAGGUUCUCAAGGUAUUCCCAAGAAUUUACCUCCAUUUUCCUCAUUACGUCAUUGGAAUUGUUGUGAAUUGUUUAACGUACAUAAAAAUUAUGGAAUGGGAGGAUGGAGAAUAUUGGAUACGUAAAUACCUGGAAGUCUGGAUGAAAGAGUCGUCUAUUAUUUUGAAUUAUAAAUUUAUUUGAAAUUCAAUUCAAUUCGUUUUACUCUCAAUUUUAUUAUUCAGAAAUUGUAAAUUAAAUCUAGGAUGCUUUGAUUUAAAAUGUAAUUAUUGUAUACAAUUUUCUCAAUCAUAUCCUGAUUUAGAAGAUCUGAUAAAAUGUCACACAAAAUUCCAAUUAGUUUUUUGUUGAUUGAACUAUUAACAAUAAGACAAAAUACACUGAUUGUAGGCUUUAAUUAAUGCUUCUCUUGAUUUGCAACUCUAGUAUUUGAAGCCAAACCAAAGUACGUGGUACCUAAAUCUUGAUAAAUGAGUUAUUUGAAUAACACAAUUAAUUUAAUAAACAGAAAUUCGUAAAGCGAUUCUGCUGAGAAUUUCAGGUACUAGAUUGAAUUCACGUAUUAAUUAAUGAAUUGAUUUUGAAUUUUCUUGAAAUUUGAUAAUUGAAAAGAAAAUAUAAUUAAUUUGUCAUUGAGCCUAUUGUGAUUUGGACGUGUCUUGGAAUCUGUUACAGGAGCGUUUUAAAACACUCUAACUCCGUGUGAUAGCCACCAAAUCCCGAAUGCAAUCGCAGUGGUAUCAGUAUCCAAUAAAUAUUGAAUACGUAGCCCAUAAUUAACAAAUCGACAACCGUGCGAGAACAGGUGUGACACGAGUGCGAGAGAAAGAGCGACUAGAGACUCUUGAGAAGAACAAUAGUUGUCAUCCCCAUAAAAUAACCCAGGAAAUAAUAACGACCAAAAUCAUAUUAGCUAAAGCAAAAGGAAGAAAAAAGAAUGGAGUUAAGAAGACAAAAAAUGGCAAUUAUUCAUUCAAUCCACGUGUGUGUCACUCAAGUGGAUGGAGAAUGGACAGAGAAAAAGUAAUAAAACAAAUAACCAUACCCAAAAAAGUAACAAACAUUUUUUCAUAAAUUUCAUAACUACAUCUUGACAUAACAUUAAAAACGAAACAACCGAUAAAUCUGUAUAAACCUUUUUUCGGUACUUAGUUUAAUUUGUUAUCAUUAUAGAUUAGUAUUAUUUUUUUUUCCUAAAAAAAAACAAAAAGGAUAUGUCUGUCUCUCUUUUACUUACUUUAUUUUCUUUCUACUGAUUAAUCCAAUAUUCCAUUAUCAUUUCGUGCACCGAGGGAUGAGGAACCUCAUGGGAAUGUCUUCACUCUGUUAUGUAUCUAUUUAAGUGAACUACAGUAAGAUAAAAAAUAUUUGAUUAAUCAAUUUAUAAAUACUGAUAAUAGAGGUGUUGUCAUCAUUAUAGAGGUGUUGAUUAAUCCUGGAGUUGCAGUUUAAGAGACAAAAAUAAUAAGUAACACUUUUAACAUUAAAAUAAAGUAAAAUGGAAUAAAACAUGGAAAGGAAGCAAUUGAAAUGGAAGUGUGCGCAACGCGUCAUCAAAGUUUAAUGCGGCAAGUGAUAUACGAAUAUGUGUGUGUGAUUUUGUGUAUAAUGCUUAAUGGAGGAUCCUUUAAUCAAUGCUUGUUUAAAAACAAAAUGAAGAGAAACAAAAUUUCAUUUGAAUUAUGAAGAUGAUAAAUGGAAAAAUUGCUAAAGAAAAACGAGAGAGACGAAUGUGACGAGAACAAGAGAGAGAAUGCCUCAUCUACUAUUCACAAUUAAUCAACAAUUAUUAUUUUUUUUAUUAUAUUAUUAAAAUGGCCGGGACAAUAACGAGAACUUCUAGUAGUGGCUGGUAUUUGUCACGGUGACAAUGAUCAUUAACAUCAUUAAAAUAUAUCAGAAGUCAAGUUAUGUUUUAUUUUUAACUGUCCGAUUUGUCGGCUAGUUAUUGUAUCUCAUUAAUUAUUACUAUCAUUUAAAAAUAAUGAAAAUUGAAUAGAGAAAAACGGUACUAGAGAUUUAAGAUUCAAUAAUUUCUUUCAUUUAGUUUUAUGGAAAACUGAAUAACGAGAGAAGUGGUAAUGUUUUAUUUUUAAGUUUCAAAUCUUCGAUGGACGCCCGAUGCGUUUUUAUCAAUGAAAAAAUAAAACAUGGAAGAGGAUAGGAAUAUGAAGUGGGUCAAAAACAAAAUAAAAUAUCUAAUGGGUUAAAAUAUAGUGAAAGUAAGGAUAUGAAUGAAAUGAGCAGGAGUGAAUGAUGUGAAUUUCAAUGAAAUGUCUGAAAUUUUGUAAAAGCGUAAGAUCCGCUUUUAAUGGAAUGCGUGAGGUUUAAUUAGUUCAUACAAUAGGAAACUACCGACUUGAAAAGAAUAAGAAAAAUGGCAAAAAAAAGUUUAAAAAACAUAAGAAAAUGGGAAAAAAAUGAUAAUAACACUGAAGUACGCGAAUAACGAAAGUGGGUGUAUAUUGAACAAAAUAAAUGAAAAAAAAAACGAAGAUAAUCGUGAAUAAACGAAUACGUGCACAUGCUGCGAGUAUAUAUUAUAUAUAUUAUUAUGAAAAUGUGACAUUAAAUGACUUACGCGUUAUUUCAUUAAAAAGAAACAAACAAUAUUCAUGCGAAAUGGGGGAAGUACGUCAGAACAUUUUGUGUUUUAUCCACUUCUAUCUAACAUCAACAAAAUGCCCCCUUCUUUCGUCUCUAUUAAUAAAGACUCGACAUUGUACUGUAA